AUGACAACUAAGUACACCUCCAAGCUCGCGAACCAGCGCGUUCUCAUCUUCGGCGGAACAUCCGGGAUAGGAUUCUGCGUUGCCGAAGCAGCCUUCGAGCACGGCGCGCACUUGAUAAUCUCGAGCUCAAAUCCCUCCAAGCUUGAGAACACAGUGACCCGGCUGCGCCAGACAUACCCGGCUCAAGCAGCAGCGCAAACCAUCAUCACCCACACCUGUGAUCUAUCCGACACGGCCAAUCUCGAUUCCAACCUUGCGAAUCUGUUUCAAACCGUAACCAACAACGGAACUAUCAAGAUCAAUCAUGUCGUCACCACGGCCGGCGAUGCGCUCGGCCUCCCCGCUCUUGCAGAGUUGACCCCGGAGAUCAUCCAUAAGACCGGCGUCGUACGCUUCGUGGCACCGCUAAUGAUCGCCAAGUAUAUCCCCAAAUACAUGGAUCUGGCGCCAGCGAACUCCUACACCGUAACCGGUGGAGUGCGCGCUCAUAAGCCUGCUCCCGGGUGGUCUGUGACCACUGCCUUUGCAGCUGGCGCAGAGGGCAUUGUGCGAGGACUCGCGCUAGACCUCAAGCCGCUGCGGGUUAAUAUGGUCUCACCGGGGGCAGUACAUACGGAGCUUUUCUCGGGAUUCCCCAGUGAGCGGUUGGAGGGCCUCUUGAAGAUGUUUAGGAGCCAAACUACGACGGGGACGGUGGGGCGGCCGGAGGAUCUGGCGGAGAGUUAUCUGUAUCUCAUGAAGGAUCAGUUUGUGUCGGGUAGUAUUGUCGAGUCGAAUGGGGGGGCAAUGUUGGCCUAG